AUGCGCAACGAUCGUGCGGCCGAGGCUCGAGGCCGCAAGGCGGAGGAGGAGAAGAUGAUGGCCCGAGAGGACGCCGUCAGGGGUCGCGACACCGAGUUGGAGCAGUUGGCGAAGGCGCAGUCCCUUGAGGAGAGGUCCUGCGUGGAGCUGCGAGCACUCUACGAGAAGGGCUUGGAGGAGCUGCUGGCUACAGACGACGAAGGCCCCACCCAGCUGCUUCCUCACCUAGUCGCGGUGCUUGAGGAAGUCGUGGGCGGGAUCGGCCCCUUGGUGGACGGAGAAGCCCGCACGCUUUCCUCGGCCGCGCUGACGCGCGUCUUUAGCCACCUCCAUCUUCGUGACCCUGAUGCCAACCUCGACGAGCUGCUGGAGCCUGUGGAUGAUGAGCGCUGCGCAGCUACUGCCGAAGCCCUGAAGGGCCAGGUGGAGGCCUUGCUGAAGAAGUUUCGCGCCUUUUACCCUGUGCCCUCAACUGGUGGUGCUGCUGAACCUACAACUCCGACAGGCGACACAGGUGAGGAUAACCUUGUCGUCGAGGGGGCGCCUCUUGCACGCGGCGGUGACGUCCAGGGGUGA